AUGUCAAUAUUCACAAGAUUGCGAGAGUUCGAUGCAUACACGAAACCGAUGGAAGAUUUUAGGGUCAAAACCCUUAGUGGAGGAAUGGUGUCCGUGAUAGCAUCAGUUGUGAUUAUUCUCUUAGCGAUUCAAGAAACUAGUCAUUUUCUUGCUGGUGACGUUGUAGAGCAGUUAUAUGUGGAUUCUACUUCUUCGGACGUUCGACUAGAUGUACAUUUUGACGUCACUUUCCAUAGGUUACCUUGUGCAUUCAUUACUGUAGACGUAAUGGAUGUUAGCAGCGAAAAUCAGGACAACGUGCAAAAUGAUGUUUUCAAACUACGCUUGGACAGCCAUGGUCAAAACGUUACGGACGAUGUACAGAAGAUUGAGGUUAAUCAAAACAACACAGCCGUUGAGGCCGUUACAACGCCGAAAUGUGGCAGUUGCUAUGGUGCGCUUCCCGAGGGAAGUUGUUGCAACACAUGCGAAGAAGUGAAAGAGGCAUAUCAGCUGAGGGGUUGGCAAGUAAAUAUUGACGAAGUUGUGCAAUGCAAGGUACGAAAUAUAACAAAAGUGCUCAACUUGAUGUUGUAG